CGCUUUCAGUCGGAGGCGCGGGAGCGCAGCGGUGCCGGAGGGACGGCGUGAAGGAGGAGUGCGGGCCCCGGCCGGCCGAACCCCGCCCGCGCUCGGCCGCCACCCCUCGUCCCCAUGGCGCCCGCCGCCGUCUGGGCCGCGCUGGCCGUUGGACUACAGCUCUGGGCCGCGGGCCACGCCGUGCCCGCCCAGGAUGCAUUUAUCCCCUAUGCCCCGGAGACUGGAAACUUGUGCAAGCAGAGAGAGUACUAUGAGGAGAAGACCCAGAUGUGCUGCAGCAUGUGUCCCCCUGGUUACCGUGCAGAAGUCUUCUGCACCAAGACCUCAGAUACAGUGUGUACCGCCUGCGAGGACAGCACAUACACCCAGCUCUGGAACUGGGUCCCUGAGUGCUUGAGCUGUGGCUCCCGCUGCAGCUCUGGCCAGAUGGAAACUCAAGCCUGCACUCGGGUACAGAACCGUAUAUGCACAUGCCAGCCAGGCUGGUACUGCACGCUGAAGAGACAGGAAGGGUGCCGGCAGUGUGUACUUCACCGCAAGUGUCCCCCCGGCUUUGGUGUGGUCAAACCAGGAACUGCAACGUCAAAUGUGCUGUGUGCACCCUGUGCCCCAGGGACAUUCUCUAAUACGAGUUCAUCCACAGAUACUUGCAGGCCCCACCAGAACUGUAUCUCGGUGGCCACCCCUGGCAGUGCAAGCAAGGAUGCGGUCUGCACAUCUGGGCACCCUCCCCUGAGAGUGGUCCCAAGCUUAGCCCUCGUGCCCCAGCCUCAGUCCACGAGAUCCCAACAGAGAGAGCCAACUCCAGGACCGAGCACAGCUCCAAGUACCUCUGUCCUGCUCCCAAUGGUCCCAAGUCCCCCGACUGAAGGGCUCAGCACAGGGAACAUUUCUCUUCCAAUUGGACUGAUUGUGGGUGUGACAGCCUUGGGACUGCUCAUAAUAGGGCUGGUGAACUGUGUCAUCGUAACCCAGACGAAAAAGAAGCCCUUUUGCAUGCAAGGAGAAGCCAAGGUGCCUCACCUGCCUGCCGAUACGGCCCGGGGUGCUCCAGGCCCUGAGCAGCAGCACCUGCUGACCACGGCGUCCAGCUCCAGCAGCAGCUCUCUGGAGAGCUCGGCCAGCACGGCAGAUAAGGGGGCGCCCAGCAGGACCCAGCCGCAGGCACCAGGCACAGGGAAGGCCAGUGGGUCUGGGGAGGCCCGGGCAAGCUCCAGGAGCUCAGAGUCUUCCCCUGGCAGCCACGGGACCCAGGUCAACGUCACCUGCAUCGUGAAUGUUUGCAGCAGCUCUGACCAUGGCUCUCAGUGCCCCUCCCAGGCCAGCUCCACGAUGGGGGACACGGACGCCAGCUCCUCAGGCUCCCUGAAGGAUGAGCAGGUCCCAUUCUCCAAGGAGGAGUGCCCUUUUGGGUCCCAGCCAGGAGCCCCAGAGACUCUGCUGCAGAGCUCGGAGGAGAAGCCCCUGCCCCUCGGAGUGCCCGAUGCUGGGAUGAAACCCAGUUAACUGCCUGACAGCCGAGGUGGGCUGACCCCUGGGCCUUCUCGGCCCCUGGCCCCCAGCACUCUGGCUCUUUCUGGGCUAAAUUCCUUUAGUGGCCUCCAGAACUUCAGCCUUCCUCUCACCUGCAGGCAGAAGGACGAGGCAGGGAGAGUCGUGGAGAACCUCUCCUGUCACAGUGUGCGUCCUUCUUGCAAGGCUGGCUGGCUGUGCUGGGCAGCCUGGGGCGAGCCCGUGCCUCUCCAGAUCGCACCCCAGCUGGUCCUAUGAACUUGGCUUCUGAAGCCCUUGUUGUUGUGAUCUCUGGGCUCUACCGGCUCUGGCUUCCUGGGAGCCCCCAGCAUCCUGCAUUCCAGAGGGCCCUGCUGGAGUCAUCCACGGAGUAGGGGCAGUGGCGAAAGGGCAGUGCUUUAUCCUGAAUGCAGAGACUGCGGGCCGGUUUCAGUGAGGGUUUGGGGCUGUCAAAGGUCAGAUGGCUCUGUGCAGGGAGGGGGUGACAACCUCUAUAGGGGAAGGGGAUCCCCUGGGUUAGCUAAGGAUCCUUAGAAAGCACCGCUUCUAAAGCCAUUCCUGCCAGCUCCACCUCUUGUACAAUGGCAUGCCACCCAGAGGGCCCAGGCAGGCAACCUGAAGGAGUGCCCUGACUUGGGCAAGACGGCAAACCUCUUCAAGGAAACCAUUUAAUUUUAACAUGUGGCAAUAAAAAAACACAAGUAAGUACCAUGGAGGCAAACGAGCCAAUAACACAACAAAGCCAAAGUCAGUUUGCCUCCUCUGCCUUUGACCUUCACUCCAGGUUACUCACCGCCCCAGCCCUUCCUCGCUCCCUCGCUGUCUGGUGUGGGGCUCCAAGGCCACACCUUUUCCUAUCAGGGAAUUUCAGGAAUUGGAGCUGACCGAGGCCCUGCAGCCAUCUCUCUCCUCCUACCUCAGCCUGGACCUUCCUCCUUUGCCUCCCAGGGGUUGUUCCUGUUUCCCCCUGAACCCCUCCUGCUGUUCCUGGAGUCCCAGGCCCCAGGGGAGCUGUGGGGACACAUUGGUACUGUGCCCGUGUGCAUGUGAGAUGCUGAGAGCCAGGCUGUGUGUGUGUGUGUCGUGUGCUGUGGGUCUGUGUAGCCAAUGUCGUCGGGUUGAAUGGCCUUCCUGAAGCAGCUGAAGCCAACAGUUUUGCCAAGAAGUUCUUACCUGUUAAAGAGUCAUCCAGUCCCCUCAAACACACUCGUCCACAUCCUACAGACAGUGGGCAAGUGUGGCCUUGACCAAAUUCUGGAAGGAAGGGGACGGGGGCUCCUUGAGAAACCAUUUGGAUCCGAGGUACUUGGAUCCCUUGUUGAAAGAUUCUACUGGACUUGAACUUGGCAGCUGAACUUUUAGAGGGCUCAAGAGUCCAGCCAUUACCGUAGAGACAAGAGAGGCUUCCUGCCCAGGAAAUCAAGAUGUCUUACUGCCUGGACUGGCCAGGGCCUCUGCCCACAUUGGACCCUGCACUGUCAUGGAGCACAUGUGCCCCCUCGUGGUCAGUCCUGGGAGGACUUGAGGCCUCUGCCAUCACCUCAGCAGAGCAGGAAAGUGAAUGAAAAGGAAACCCUUUCUGGAUGUAGCCCCAGUUCCCAGCUUGUGUUGAUCCCAAGACAAUGAGAGUUUGCACUGUGUACUGGGCAGCAUUCCUGCUUAUAAAUAAACCUUUCGUUUGUUUUAGA